AUGGAUACCUUAUUUUUACAAUCAAAGCAAAAUGAAUCUGUAACGACAUUUGAAGAAACACCAGAUGAAAUACAACUCAUGAUUUUCAAAUACUUGUCAUUGUACGAUUUAUACAAAACAUUUUUCAAUAUGAAUUUAAGGUUUAACCGUCUUGUUAACCAUAUAACACCAGAAAACUAUAAUAUGGUUACAUUAAAUGAAGAUAUACGUACAUUAGAACGACAUACAGAAUGGCGUUUCAGAGGAUUCAUCUGGUGGGAAGAAUUGGUUUAUUAUCUUAUUCCUCGAAGAGGAUGUCACGCGUUACGAUGGGCCUUUGUUUCACAGGUUACUAUUGAGCAAUUAGGAGAAGAAUCAAGAAAUUCUCUUCGAAUUUUGUCGAUAAUUUCGAAAUAUCCUGUGUCAUUAAACACUUUAUUUUUGAUAUUUGAUGUUCGUGCCAUUAAAAAGAUGUAUUUCCGUUCGAAGGAGUUUCCUCAAUGGAUGAAAGAACAUUAUAAUGAACAACAUAAAAUUAUCAUUGACUCCGAAAGUCGUUGGUACACUGAAGAAGUUUGUAAUGCUUUUAGAGAAAUCAACAAAAUGGAGAAAAACCGACAAGAACAAAUGAUUCACGAGCAAGCAAAGAAGAUUUGGUGGGAAAUAAGAAAAUCACAAGAUUUUCUCGUCUCCAGUCUACCAGCUUGUCCAGAAUAUCGUGCUCAUUCAUGA